UGAUUAAGGCUUAUCUUCUUUAGGUCGUAUUCUAACCGCUAUAACAAUUGAGGCUCCAUCAUGCAGUGACUCUGUGCCCAGCCUUUCUUCAUUCUAUCUCUUCUAAAUUGCUAGCUGGACCUCGUGUUGUCGACAAAGUACUCACAGGCUCUGAUUACAAAGGCCGACUCCGUUCUUUUGAACUUCACCAAACCCUCUAAAGAUCAACUUCACUGUGAAAGCAAAACGAGAUGAUUGCCGUGGCCCCGUCCCACCGAUAUCGACAGGCCAUAGCAUCAAUGUCUCUUGGUCGGGCCUGGGUACACGACUUACCAGCAAAGCUUGAUCAGGCUAAGAAGCAUGGCUUCGAGGGCAUCGAACUGUUUUACGAAGACCUGGAAUACAUAGCCAAGGGAAUAGACGAGAAGAUUAUGCCGGAAACCUUGAUCCAAGCCUCGCAUCUGGUUCGCAACCUUUGUGACGAGAGAGGGCUCGAGAUCAUAGCGCUACAGCCGUUCAUGCAUUACGAAGGACUGAGAGACAGAGAAUGGCACGCUCAAAGAGUUGUCGAGAUGAAGCUCUGGCUGAAGCUUGCGAGAAUACUCGGCACAGACUUGAUUCAAAUUCCCUCUACUUUCUUGAGCAAAGAUGCCGUCACCGACGACCGCGACGUCAUCGUCGGCGACCUGAGGGAACUCGCUGAACUAGCCAUAAGAGAGGAGCCGCCCAUCAGAUUGGCAUACGAAAGUCUUGCAUGGGGAACGUACGUCGACAGGUGGGAGGAUUGCUGGCAGAUCGUGGAGGAGGUGAACAUGCCCAACUUUGGAAUCGUUCUCGACACGUUCAACAUCGCUGCGCGUGUUUACGCGGACCCUGCCGCCCCGUCGGGGACCAACGCAGAUGCCGACCAAGCCGUCGCCGAAUCGCUGCAACGAAUGGUCGCGAGGAUCGACCCCAGCAAAAUCUUCUUCGUACAAUUGGCAGAUGCGGAGCGAUUGGCUAGUCCCCUCGUCAAGGGGCAUGAGCUAUACAACGACACACAGCCAGCGAGGAUGAGUUGGUCAAGGAAUUGCCGACUGUUUUACGGCGAAGAAGCUCAAGGUGGCUACCUGCCCAUCAAAAGAAUAAGCCAAGUGAUUUUGAAAGAGCUAGGCUACCGUGGUUGGAUCAGCUUUGAGCUAUUUCAUAAGUGCUUAGCAUCUCCCGAAGAGGAUGUGCCAGAGAAGAUGGCUUCUAGAGGACAUGUGUCGUUCAAGAAGUUCGUAGCUGAUCUUGGCUUGGAUGCAUAGAGGCUUCGUUGCGAAUUAUUCAUAUACCCAUAGAAAAACGUCGAAAUUUCAAAGCACGUAGCGUCAAUUAAGCAUUAUGGUUAGA